CUUCAAGUGUCAGUGUCAAAAGUUGGGCCACUCGUCUCUACACUGCUUAGAUCAAGUUUGAAGUUAUUUUACCUAUCAGUGCUUUAUAUUCAAAGUAAACAUACUGGGCAAAUAUUCAAGCACCAUCUGAUAUAAAUUCCCCCCUCAUUGUAUCCUGAAAGGACACUUAAUAUUUCAGUUCAAAUAAUAUCACAUCAUUUUGUUAUUCUUUCUUCGCGCUUGGAUUUCAAGUGAAUAUCUGCCACCCACUUAUUUAAAACUCGCUUAUUCCUUGAGACAAAAUGUCAAUUAAACAAUUACCAAGUACUUUUCGAAAGCUUGUGGUGAAUCAAUUGUCAAAAAGUUUUCGGGAUGUUGUUUCAAUUAAAGAAGUUCAAAUGCCAAAACCUGCAGCUGGUGAAGUUCUGGUUAAAAACAGAUUUGUUGGAAUUAAUGCAUCAGACAUUAAUUUUACAGCAGGAAAAUAUGACCCAAGUGUAAAGCCACCAUUUGAUUGUGGCUUUGAGGCUCUUGGAGAAAUUGUUGAUAUUGGUAGUGAUACCAAAUUGUCAGUGGGACAGUCUGUGAUGUAUAUGGUACAUGGAGCAUUUGCUGAAUUUAAGAUAGUUUCUGCCAGCAAAGUACUACCUGUACCUUAUUUGGGCUCUGAAUUUUUACCAUUGUUAGUGAGUGGACUCACUGCCAGCAUAAGUUUGGAUCAGGUUGGUUGCAUUAAAUCAGGUGAAACAGUUCUUGUCACUGCUGCUGCUGGUGGUACUGGACAAUUUGCUGUACAAUGGGCAAAGCAUGUUGGCUGCCAUGUAAUUGGAACAUGUUCAUCUGAUGAAAAAGUUGAAUUUCUAAAGUCUAUAGGAUGUGAUCGUCCAAUUAAUUACAAAAAGGAAUCUGUCAAAGAUGUUUUAAAAACAGAAUUUCCAAAUGGUAUUGACGUAAUAUAUGAAUCUGUUGGAGGUGAAAUGUUCGAGACUUGCCUUAACAGCUUGGCAUUAAAGGGAAGACUAAUCAUAAUUGGAUUCAUCACACAGUAUCACUCUGAGAAACCAUUGGAAGUGAAGCCGGAUCUUCCACGGAAGUUGUUAACAAAAUCUGCAAGUUUAAGAGGUUUUUUCCUACUUCACUAUUUUUCACAUCUUCCGGAAUACAUAAAUAAGUUGAUCGCUCUUUUGAUGAAGAAGGAAAUAAAAAGCUUUGUGUUUCCUUCUACUUUCACUGGACUUGAGAUGAUUCCAGAUGCUGUUGAGUCGCUGUACAAACAAACUGGUCAUGGUAAAAUAGUAGUGGAGCUCAAUGCAGAAAAGUAAUUUCAAAUCAAGUCUUUAUAUUUUCUGUGUGUUAGUGAGGAGCACAUAUACAUAGAAUAAAACAAAAAAAUAUACUUUAGUCAUUUCUAUGUAUAUAGUUACUAGUUGUAAAAAUCAAAUAUACUUUUGAAUAAAAAGUUUACAA